GCUGACGUCACUGGCGGAAGGUCAGCGUCGAGCCGGAAGUGAGAGCAGUAACCCAUCCGCCAUUGUGGCACGGAGCAGCGGAGGGAAUCUUCUAACCGUUUAUUGAGGUGUUUACGGCGUCCGGUGUGAAUGUUUCGGUAAAACUGAGGCUCCGUUUCACCGCCGAGGAAACAUCUGACGAGUCAACGACGACCGCACGUGACCUUAGCGCUCAGGCUAAGCUAAGUGUGUUUAAAGCCCCGCGCGUGCGUGAAGUCUGAUUGGCUGAAACCGAAAGGAAGGAAGAAGAUUUAAUAAUAAUAAUAAUAAUAAUAAUAAUAAUAAUAAUAAUAAUAAUCAGCGUCAAAAGCCAGAAGCGUGAAGUGAUAAUAACAUCAGCACGCAGCUAAGUGCUCGUGGAGGAGGAUGUCUGCCACAACUGUUGACCAGAGACCCAAAGGCCAAGGAAAUAAAGUGCAAAACGGUUCAAUGCAUCAGAAGGAUUCUGUCAACGAUGACGACUUUGAGAAUUACUUAAGCAGCCAGACAAAUCAGAGUAACAGCUACCCACCAAUGUCUGACCCCUACAUGCCCAGCUACUAUGCCCCAUCGAUUGGAUUUCCCUACUCUCUGGGUGAAGCUGCGUGGUCCACUGCAGGAGACCCCCCUAUGCCCUACUUGACUACGUAUGGACAGAUGAGCAAUGGCGAGCAUCAUUUCAUCCCUGAUGGAGUCUUUAGCCAGCCUGGUGCUCUUGGCAACACGCCUCCAUUUCUUAGUCAACAUGGAUUUAACUUCUUUCCCGGCAACGCAGACUUUUCCACCUGGGGCACCAGCGGCUCGCAGGGACAAUCGACCCAGAGUUCGGCGUACAGCAACAGCUACGGCUAUGCCCCCAGCUCACUGGGCAGGGCUAUAGCGGACGGACAGGCCGGUUUUGGCAGUGACACGCAGCUCAGCAAGGUUCCUCCGCUGAGCAGCAUUGACCAAGGCAUGGCCGGGCUCAAGCUCGGAUCCGACAUGGCAUCCGUCACCAAAACUGUCGGCUCUCCUCUUGGAGGAACAGCUGGCAUGAGCAGCAUGGCAGCCAACAGCGUGCCUCCUGUGAGCUCCUCAGUUCCAAAGCCUACAUCUUGGGCAGCCAUUGCUAAGAAACCAGCUAAACCUCAACCCAAAAUCAAGCCUAAGACCAAUCCAGGUAUAGGAAGUGGUGUCACCAUUCCUCCACCGCCUAUAAAGCAUAACAUGAACAUUGGAACCUGGGACGACAAAGUUUCCAUCACGAAACCACAGCUGGCUCAGCAGAUGUUGCCCCCUCAGCCUUUGGUGCAGCCACAGAUUUUAGCCCAGCCGCAGCCCUUAUUGCCUCAUCAACCCCAACCCCAGCAGCUCCAGCUUCAGUCCCCUCAACCUCCUCCACAGCUUCAACCAGGUCCACCGCAUCAUCUCCAUCACCAUCCAUCCCAACAUGCCCCUCCUCAGCCUCAGCAUCCUCUCCAUCAGCAGAACGCGCCACCCCAGAACCGCUGGGUGGCACCGAGGAACAGGGUGGCCACGUUUAACCAGAGUGGGGGGCAGGAGAACUUCACUCUGGGCCCCGGCGUGCCUCUGUGCGCCUCCUUGUCUGCCCCUGGUGAGCUCCACCCGGUGCUGGAGAAGCUCAAAGCGCUUAACAGCUACAACCCCAAAGACUUUGACUGGAACAUGAAGAACGGUCGUGUGUUCAUCAUUAAGAGCUACUCCGAGGACGACAUCCACCGUUCCAUCAAAUACUCCAUCUGGUGCAGCACGGAGCACGGCAACAAGCGUCUGGACACGGCGUACCGCUCGUUGGCCACCAAGGGCCCACUUUACCUUCUGUUCAGCGUCAACGGCAGUGGUCACUUCUGCGGCGUGGCCGAGAUGAAGUCACCCGUGGACUACAACGCGUACGCUGGCGUCUGGUCUCAGGACAAGUGGAAGGGCAAGUUCGAGGUCAAGUGGAUCUUCGUCAAGGACGUCCCCAACAACCAGCUGCGGCACAUCCGCCUGGAGAACAAUGACAACAAGCCGGUCACCAACUCCAGGGACACUCAGGAGGUGCCUCUGGAAAAAGCCAAGCAAGUGCUUAAAAUUAUCGCCACUUUCAAGCAUACCACCUCGAUCUUUGACGAUUUUGCACAUUACGAAAAACGGCAGGAGGAAGAAGAAGCCAUACGCAGGGAGCGAAGUAGAAAUAAACAGUAACCUUCCAGACGUCAGUUCUGCUAGAACUUCAACACUAAUAAUGUAGAACCUUUGAAUUAUUGCCUAACCACAGAGGAAGAACGAGGGUUCUGCUCUAUUUUCUGCUGAAGACCACGAUGUACAAACACUUUAACACCAUCACCACCACCACCACCACCACCACCACGGACUGCCGAUUUUUGACACAUCUGCCCUUGUUCUCACGAUGAAAAAAAGAAUCAAAUAAAGAAGUGAAGGAAAGCAACACUGAUGACGUUAUACUGUAUCUUUAAGCACUUUCAGUCCUAAACAGCUU